AUGUCUGUCCGUCCAAGAGUAAUUAGUCCAGCAAUCGUAUUUUACGUUUCUAAGUGUGAUGUUAUAUAUACAUGUAUGUUCAAUUGUGCAUAUUAUAGUAAUGAAGAUUCUGCAAGGGAGCUUCUGCAUAAGCAAUUAAUUGAAUCUGGAGAAAAGGAUCGGUUAAAAGAAUAUUUAUAUGGCAAACUGGUUGAGGCUGGCUGGAAAAGUGAUGUCAUGGCAUUAUGCAGAGAUAAUAUAAAAGGAAGUGAUGAUCCAGACGCCGUUAAAUUAGAUGAUCUAAUUACUAAAAUAACACCAAGAGCUAGAGCAAUGGUACCGGAUGAAGUAAAAAGGGAACUAUUGCACAGAAUUCGUACCUACUUGGUCCAGCAAUACAACUUAUAAAUAGUGCAGUGACAUUAAAUUUUUUAUUAUCAAUUGUUUAUUAUUUACCGUGAAAGAUGUUCAAUAAUAAACUCAUGUAAAUCCUUC